AUGUGUAUAGAUAAUAUAGAUUACAAAAUAGUCAUCGUUGGAGACCCUAUGGUUGGAAAAACAUGUAUCAUUAACAGAUUAGUUGAUGACAUGUUUCUAGCCGACGUUGAACCAACAAUUUCCCCAGGUUUAUAUAAAAUUCAUUUGAAAAUGAAAGAUAGCACUCCAGUGACACUCAAUUUAUGGGAUACAGCAGGCCAAGAAAAGUUUAAUUGUAUUGUUCCAAUAUAUGCAAGGAAUUCAUGCGGCGUUUUUAUGGUAUUCGAUAUAUCUAAUAAGCAAUCAAUUCAAAAUUUGGAGAAAUGGUACGAUUUAGUACAAGCACACGUUGAUAAUCAAUGUAAAUUCUUCGUAAUUGGAAAUAAAAUAGAUUUGGCAUCUAACAAUACGAUAGAUAUGGCUACAGAUUGGGCUUUAGAACAUAAUUUCCCAAUUUACUUUGUGUCAGCCAAAACUGGAGGAAGAGUUAGAGAUGCCGCAACUGAAAUGGCACAGGCAAUAUUCAACGAAAGAGGAAAAUUAGUUUACCAUAAUCCAAAUGUUAAUGAAAUUCUUGAUAUUGAGCUUGAAAAAAAGUCAAAAUGUGCAUGUUGA